CUACUGCAAGAACGGGCCAGCAUUACUGCUUGGACCUUAUUCCUUAGAGUUACCACGAAGAAAGGUUAUCAACCGGAGCGAUAAGGUUAGAUAAAUUAGAUUCUUUUACGAUAGCUGCCUAUACGAUGCGCUGCGAAAAUUAAAUUUCAACUAGGUUAGCCUAGGAUAAUUCUCACGAUAACGAUUAGUUCUUGUGCAGUGACAUGUAUCACAAAAUUUAAGGCCUUUAAGGGCAAUCAGUACCUAGCUAAGAUCGGUUCAUUUAGUGUCUGUCAGUUGUCGUCGACCACGUUAGUUAGUUAGUUAGUUACAACACCGGAGACAGCAGUAGCUCACAUACAAAAGACCAAUUACUCAAACCAUUGCCCAUUUACUAAUAAAGCUUAUUGCGUUCGUCGCCUUUAUCGACCUGAGAUUAAAAGAACUUAUCAAGUGAGUUUUCCCAUGGAUCUACUAAGAUUUCAAGUUGCGUAUUUGUGUCGACGUCUAUUUUGCUAUAGACAAAGAGACAAAACGAAGACUUUCCCCCUGGAGAGGGUCGAUCCGUAGUCCUCACGCGGUUAAGCAGGGUGCAUAAACAGCAGCUGUUGCAACAGCAGCAGCAGCAGCUGCGUGGUCGAUACUCGUCCGUCUUGUCGACCAAGAAAAGGGAGACAAGAUGAAGUCUCGCUACACCGGUGCUACAUCUGCCGCAACGAGUAAUACUGACGCCCCGUAAGCUUUACGUGCAUACUUGUAACAACAAAGUGAUUGAAUCAGUGAAAACUCACACUAAUUGUGCCGCAAUUGUUAAAUGUUACGUAAAACAAAGUCCGCGAACAAAAAAAAAACUCCGCGACGAGCGUUCGCAACGAAAGUUUGCUUAUCCCAAUAAAGUGGAGAUUAGAAACCAACUAGGUCUGAUAGGGUAAUCAGUCAAAGUGUAGCAACGAAGGCGUAUUUUUCGUUUGGCGUAGAUGGUUGACUACAAUAGGCCACAAUGUGAACUGCUAUAUGAAGAAGAUACGACAACCGGCAAUUUGUUCAAACACGAAGGCUAGUUGACAUUUUUCAAAUGAGUGAUACGCAAAGAUAGAAGAUUUUCGGAGCACUACCCGGACACUAGUGCUUUUCAACGCUUGUGAGUACAUUAUUUCUGUGUUAAUAUAAUGUGAUCGCUAUUGGUAACCGUUAGCUAAAUACGUUAACGGCACAGCUUAUUUUGUGCUCCAUCGAAUGUGACACAUUACUGCUGGAACUGUUAUGCCUUUGUCCUAAGUAGACAGGUACAGCAAUGAUUUUUAGUCCGAGAUUUUAUAUUCCCUACAAUGGAUUUAAACAUCUCGAUAUGUCAAGCAGCCCCGUAGGUUCGAUCAUCAUAUGUGUGUCUACCGUCAUAUAGAGAAAGCGCACAAUGAACUUCUCCGAUACGUGCCUCCAGUAUUGGUCAGGCGACCCACCUAAAGGAAUUCAGUGCUGACAACAUUAUCAUCAGAUCCAAGCUGUUUUUGAAUAUAUAACUUCAACCAAGUUACAAAAUCGCACAGACAUUGAACGGGGAGAAUAAGCGGAUUGAAACCAGCGUUGGGUAUUCCAUGCUCAGUCCAGGAAGUAACUGAGGCAUGACGAUGAGGUCUGGCGUUGUCAUCAAGUAACCGGAUUACGAGUCUUCGCUUGCGGUGCCAACACUCCAUGAGCCUGUUAAAGAAUUUGAAAUGGUGGCCUCAAUUUAUUGCCACAUCCAUGUCCUUGACCUUCUGCAAACUCUAACGUAUAUUAAGUUCCAGCAUGCAACUGACCGUGCUCUUUGCUGCCUUUUGUUUGGCUGCGCUAAUCGUCACUCCCGAACAAAACUGGGCAGCGUUUACAACGGACACCGAGAUAGGACUUGGGCUUGCGUCAGAGCAAGCACGCCAACCCGGAUCAGCGUUGCCUGCAUUGCACCGUACGGCUCGCGUGCUUCAUCUAGGACAAUUGGGUGCGCCUCUACCAGGCGACAUGAGCUGGGAUGAUGAUAGCAUAAUCAGCCAUAAUAUGCAUCACCAAAAAACUGAUAAAGAGGGUACCGAAGAACGUAAUGCACCUUAUUGGACAGCGGGAAAGGAGAUUCUCGAAGAAGCACAGACUGCUGAAAGGCGGGGCGCUGAUCAUUUGGGUCGUGAAGUUGUCAACGGCGUGGCAUACCUAAAAAUCAACCAUGGUAUUGCUGGUUCAGGCACCCAGGUGCCGUCUGCUAGCUUACAUUAUAGUCAGGUGCCGUUACCAAUAGCGCCGACUCAGACAUCGGGGCAAUCAGCUCACGCGUUUCAUUACGUUUCAGCAACAGAUAAAUCACGGACAAGUCAAUCACCAAACCAUGAGGAUCUGGAACGUACCGAGAAGGAGGAUGAACGUGACCUAAAUAAAGCAACUGUCACGCCGAUAAUUGCAAACAAGGAGUUAACAAUGUCCCAAGAAUAUUUUCCUGACGACGGGGCACUGAGUGACGACAUCGAGGCUAGGACUCCCUCACAUGAACUUCUACCUCCAGAUGCAACCAUCACUCAAAGCCAUUUCCAGACUGACGAAGAGGAAAAGACGGAAUGUUGUUUAGAAGAAACAAUGGAAAAGAGAGGCCCUAGCGUCACAACAACAUUUGUAACAAGCAAACCUGAUAUUACCGCUCCUAAACUAACAAAAGCUAACGUCGAAAAAAAAAAUUAUCAUGCAGAUGAAGUGACAACUUUAUCUACAGAUGGGGCUAUAGACGAACCAACUUUGCAACAACCUCUGGAAAAUAUUAAGGAUUCACAAUCAAAUCAAACUAACACUCAUCAUAAAGAAUUCGAAAAUGACUACGUGGAAAAAAAUACGACCGGGGCCAUCACGACUAAAAAUCAUGAAAUUGGCGAUUUCCCCACUUACAAUGAUAACAAUACAGAAGUCGAUAUCACUUCUGAUUCUGCGCUGAUGAAAAGUACACGAAACCAAAGCAGCGAAAUUGAUACUGGGCCAAGUUUUGGUACAGCUGAUGGAUAUGCCACAACAGUAUCAUCUACAAAAAACCUACCUAGGGAAAUCUUUGAGCUAUACGACUCGAAUGAGAACAUCCAAAGCACCCCACGUAACAGUAAUGCAGAACAUGUUUUGACCGAACAAAAAGCCAACUCCGAAAUAACAACCGAGCCGUCGACAAUUAACGAAUCUACGGAGCCAGCGACAACUAUAGCAAUUACAGAAACAACAGCCCCACAGAUAAAGCUUGCAGUUGUCCUAGCGGAUAAACUAGCCAAAACGGUGGCGCAGACAAUCGCAAUGACCGAAGCAAACACUUCACUAAACAGUUCGGAACGACUACAUUAUGAAACAGAGACUGAAUUAGCAUUAGCAGAAAUGACCACUGGAAAAUCUGAGGUGCAAUUACCAACAUCUAAUAGAACUACAGAAAGAACUCCAGAAGCACUUAUAAGCGAUAUAAACGGCGAUUUUAAGAAGACCUCCAUCAGUUUUGACCAAGCUGGAACUCCUGCAUCAAGCAAUCUAAGUCGCUUUGUGACAAUUAAUUCAAGUAUAUCCUACGAUAUAGUCCGGAAAAGUACAGAUGCAUUAGCAACAACGCAAUUAAUUUCUCCUGAAGUCGAAUCUAGUUCAAGUAAUUCAUUGCCUAUAACGAAACCCAGCGAGCCGGAAAGACCAAUAAUCGACCCGUUUCGUAAGACACCCGCAAUUCCCCGUAAUGAUUUUGUACUCGGUCUUGAAGGCCUAUUUCAAUUAAAAUUCCGACCAGGUAGCCAGUCCGAGAUGUAUAAUAAAAUAAAAUCAGUUAGACAUCCCAAAAUGAUAGACACCGCUGUGAAUGCCGUCUCUAAUGGUCAUGAUGCGCCUGCUAGAACAUCAACGGUGUCACCAUCAUCGUCGUCGUCACCACAUGGAACACAGCCCGGCACUAAGUAUCCACAAACGACAAAUAAGCCGACAACCAUAGCAACCGUUUCGAGUCCUCUUGUUAUGGCUCCUGCACCAGCCGGUUUUCUGGUGAAUAGCAUCCCUAGCCUCUUCAGCAACGGCGAUCCCUCUGCUAACUUGUUGAACUUCCCUUGGGGUCCGCUGGGCACGAAGAACGAUGAAACAAGGGCUGAAAAAGCCUCAGAAACUGAAGUAAUGACACCUAACCCUCAAGCAAACACUCCACCUCCAAAUCCCAGCAGUGAUACGUUCACACCAACACCUAAUAUCGCCAAAGUGAACCUUUUCACUAAAAGACCAUUACCUAUGGUGGCAUCUACGCGCGACCCGUUUAAUGGUCCGUCUAGGAAGUUCAAUGUAUUUGCCUCUCUCACAAAUGCUACCAAUUUUUCGUACAGUGGGAGCAAUAUUAAGCUCGAUCAUCGUCGCCCAAAGUUACGUCCUCUGGCGUCGCCAUCGAUUGGACCAGUGUCUGAGUAUUCCUCCCCUUCAAACGAAAGUAGGCCUCAAAUUGAAGGAGAAAAACCCAGAUUUGGAAGGCUAGAUCGGCAUAUAACUAUAGUUCAGCCACGAGCACCACCUGUUCCCCCGCCCCCAGUGGUUCCAGCCAUUCCAGAGAUCGAUUACGACGCCGAUCUUAUACAUCGAGGAACGCCUCCGACUCCUCGAAAUAGGAAACAGCCAAUCUCUACGAGGGCUCGAACUACACUCCUCAUGUCCGCAUCAUUAAUAACUGGUGCGGCAGUAUUCUUUGCGACACUUCUGGCUGUAUGCCGGAGACGUGCGAAAAAUGCCCGUUUACUUCGCCGGCGAGCGGUAGAAGAUCUUAUUCACGAUGCCGCUUCAGAGGCGUCAAGUAGCUACGGUUACGGAGAAAGCACCUAUUCAUACGGACACAAAGGAUUGCUCCCACUAUGAGCCUCCAUCAUUUACAUUUAAAGCCAAAUGAUUAAACAAGAUCAUCAGCGGUUACUUGGCUCGAAGAUGCUUGGUAUAUAACCAUAUGCAUAAUGAAUGCGCAGAAUAAGGAGGACAAACAAGCAAAUACAUACUCGCUCUCGGUAACUUCACUAAGCCAGAUCAAAUCUGAGAAAGGUACAUACGUCAAGCGUGGCAUGAAUGUUAUUUUUGUAAAUAGAGGUCACUUCGUUUACAGAUUCAUUUUAACGCACUUUCAUUGGCUUAGUGUGCUUAACUAGUGACUAGUUUUGUUUAUCGGCUUUCCCUUCCUCACUUGUUCAUAGAUAAGAGUUAUAAUUCGCUCAACAAAGUAGCGAUUAUCACCGUUUUGCUCAAAUUACAAAACUAACACCCGACUUCGGGCUCCAAAGGUGAGUUGGAUGAGACGAAGAAUAAGUGAAGCUGUGGCGACGACUAACUUUCAAUAUCAAACAGCAGCGGAAGUAACUUAGAAUAUUUGAUCCGCAUAUGGUGUAUACUUCAUAGCUAGUAGAAAAAUCAUAUGAUAAUUACCUUUCUUCAAAAAUGUCUAAAGCGAAUGGUUGUCGAACUUGAAAAGUAGAGUACUGUGCGUAUCCUACGUCAAAAAUGGCUCCUUUGAACUUAGACUGUUACCUUGAGGUACUACUCUCAACUACUAAACACGUCAAGUCCAUCCUAUUGGGUUGUUUCGGUUGUACGUUUGACUGUGGUAAAUAACGGAAAAACACACACGCAUCUUCGAAGCGUAAUAUCAAUGUAAUAUUAUCUCAUAAACGAAACAGAGCAAGAGCUUUUUAUCGGUAUAUAACUCAUGACUAUCGGCAAAUGAGAAGUUAGAGGAGCGAAACAACAGACGCAACGGCCACUCUCUAUGCGCCAACCCAAUAGCAUAAAAUUAAUAAAUAUUUUAUCAUUACGUUGUUACGGGUGUACUAUAGAGCCAACCAAGACCACGAUCGAUUCAAAUAUGGGAUUCAUUGCAAAAAUCUAGUCUAGUGUUAUAUAAACUUACAUAUUUAUGGUAGAACCGGGGAAACAACUACUCGGUCAACAAUUUGCCCGCAAUUAUUACCUAUUAAUCCCCAUAUUGAAUACUUGAAGACUUGACAUUCAAAGUAAUGUAUCACAAUUUCAGCAUCAAUAAAGUCAACCCACCUAAAGCCCUGUAUAAUAAGGCAGAAAAGAAGUCGAAAUAACUUGGUCCCAUGUUACUUAUUAAAGGAAUGCUACACCUACGCCAAACUUAAAUUAAAACCCUACUAACACGGAACAAAGUAAAACAUAUGCCAAUGAUAAUUACUGCUAUUAUAAAUAAAUUUAAACAAAUAGCCUUAAUAUAGUGUAGUUUUUCAACAAAGCGUAACUUUCCUAAGCCCAAAUAUGUAUAAUGAUUCCUGCAGUCACUUCAACCACUAUCUGAAGGAAGAUUUACAAAAGCAUGUCGCCAUUACAUAGGUUAUGUGCUAUAAAAACAACAAAAUUAUAUUCUCAUAUUGCGCUAGGAAACUAGGGAAGGAGUUACAUGCGGAAAAAUUAAUGCGAAAUCACAGACGACAUAA